GCUCGUGAACCGCCUGCUCAACUGCUACGUGCUGCGUGGGUUGAGCCGCCUGUCGUACUGCGUGUACCUCACGCACUACAUCGUGCUGCUGCUCAACACGACGCGCAUCCGCACCGCCAUCUGGAUGGACGAGUUCCUGCUGUUGCAUUCCUACAUUGGAGACCUUGCAAUUUCAGUUGUACUGUCAAUAGUCCUCUUCUUGGCCUUCGAAUCACCAGUUUUCUUCCUCUUACGAAUAAUUUUUCCGAA